AUGUCUGUUCUGGACAGAGAGGAUGAGAUGAGAUUGGAGGAAACGAUUGCCCUGACCCUCUUUGGCCAGUCUAUCAACGUCGACAAUUUUAACCUGCCAAGUCGGUACAGCGAAGUAGUAUUCGAUUAUUCCUUGCAUGCUGCAGCUCAACUCAUGUGUAACGAAUGGGAUGAAACGAAAAAGAAGAAGCCUACAGGACUAGCCUCGAGUCGACGGGUUCCAAGCCGGGAUAACGAAUCAAGGUGUCUAAAGGAUAUUGUUGAGGAGAAAGAAAAGUCUACAGUGGAAACAAACGAGCUAGAUAUAUUAGCGAAGCGGCCAACUAACAUGACGUCUGUCGAAGUAGGUACUGCAGGUUGA